UCUGUUUUGGAUUUAUAAGUAGAAUGACCAAUCUCCAAAUACGCGUAAAUUCACUGGAAGACAGCUCCUUCGAUUUUGGGAGAGAGGUGUAGAUCUUCGCUCCUCUCCUUUGAUCGGCUUCGCGUAAUAAUCGAUCUCGUUUCUCUCAGACGUGAAAAAUGGGGCUGUCUUUCGGGAAGUUAUUCAGCCGGCUUUUCGCAAAGAAAGAGAUGCGCAUACUGAUGGUUGGACUUGAUGCCGCUGGUAAAACAACAAUUCUCUACAAGCUUAAGCUGGGAGAGAUUGUCACUACCAUUCCCACCAUAGGUUUCAAUGUUGAGACUGUGGAAUACAAGAACAUCAGUUUCACUGUUUGGGAUGUUGGUGGCCAGGACAAGAUCCGACCAUUGUGGAGGCAUUACUUCCAAAACACACAAGGACUUAUUUUUGUGGUUGAUAGCAAUGAUCGUGAUCGUGUGGUUGAAGCUAGAGAUGAGUUGCACAGGAUGUUGAAUGAGGAUGAGUUGAGGGAUGCUGUGCUGCUAGUUUUUGCAAACAAGCAAGAUCUUCCAAAUGCUAUGAAUGCUGCUGAGAUUACUGACAAGCUUGGUCUGCAUUCUCUUCGCCAGCGCCACUGGUACAUCCAGAGCACGUGCGCCACUUCCGGUGAAGGACUGUAUGAGGGGCUGGACUGGCUCUCCAACAACAUUGGAAACAAGGCAUAGACGGCAUAAUCGGGUUGUCAGUCUCACUAAUUCAAGCCCCUUUUUGAGUUAUAUGGAUGUCUACCCCUGUUUUUCUUAAGUGUUUUGGUUUUAUAUUCUCGCAAAACAUUGCUAUUUUUUUCUUUUAGUACAAGAAGAAUUGUUUUUUCCCUUGUGGUAUUAUCUUUAGAUAUUGCUGCCAAAAAAGAAGGUUAGGAGUUAGGACCACACUUUCCUUGGGGAAAUUGGUUGUUACCUCGUUUCAUU